CUUGCAGCGUCUCGGAUGGUUUGGUUUGGAUGUGUGCAUGGAUGUAAAGCCUGCUCCUCUCUUUCAGUGAAUGCAUAGAUGAUGAUAGAUCGUUCGGCUAAUUGAUACAGGAGGAUACAGCUGCUGGCACACAUUACAGUGUAAUUCCUGCUCGCGGUAUGGACGGGUUGCAGGCGGAAAAUCCUGGAGUUGGCGGCAUCCGGGGAAACGCGGAGGAGAGGUAUCGCGCUCUAGCCUAUGACACUGCUCUGAGCACUUUGGUGGCAGUGGCCGUGUAUGUGGUGGUGAAAGUGAGCCUGGACGGCAUCAGACAGUGGCGGGCCAGCAUCUCUGUGCUCAUCGUGGGUUCGGGACCUGUGGGGCUGACGGCCGCGCUGGUCGCUGUCCGCUCCGGUAAGGUGCUGAAACUGACCGUGCUAGAUGAGAGGUACCGGACUGCCCUGCUCUGCCGACCCCAGCAGAUCGCUCUGGAUCCCUGGAGUGUGAAGUUUCUGCUGGGACUCGGGGUGGACUUUGAUAACAUGGAGGGAUGUUGGCACAACGAGCAUUUCUUCACCAGGAUAGGCGUGUUUCAGGAGUACCUGCUGAGCAUCCUGGAGCAGAAGAAACAGAAGGUGGACGUCAAGGUGCUGCUGGGAACCAAGUUUACAGAGGAAUAUCUGCGACGUAUCCCUCGGAAUGAGUGGCCACGAGUGAUUGUGGUGGCUGAUGGGUCGUGUGGCGACUCCUGCUCGGUGCUGGGCAUCAGCUCUGACUACACUGUGGAGACCUGCCAUGCCUAUGGAGCUAAUGCAACUAUAGAGAGACCAGACCAGAGGCAGGUACCCACUCCUGAGAUCCGUGCCCACAGCCUCUAUUUCGACCUGUCCGCUUACGGAAUGGAGGCCCUCCGAGAGCACAGAAAUCCCACGGCCAAACCUGGCUUCCACCUGAAGAUCUAUGGCACGUUCAGAAACCGCUACAUGGCCCUCGUCUGCCACGCCUCUGACACCAAGAUGGUUCGCUUCCUCCGGCACACGGCCAACUCCUCUAUCAUGAAGAACAUUUUCCACCAGUCCUUCAAUGUCUAUAAGACGGACAUAGAGCCUCGUCUCAACGACGUGACGCUCCACCACAUGCAGUGCAGCCGUCGUCUUUUUGAGAUUCAGUUGUCACACAGACGCAUCAGCGCUGCCUACAUAGAGGGGGACAAUGUGGCUGUCACUGUAGAAGGGGAGGCAGCACGCGUCCUCAACUUCGACACAGGUUGUGGGGUGAAUCUUGGCAUGCGGGGUCUGGAGUCAAUGGGGACGUUCAUUUACCGGACAGCCACCGCUGUGGACCAGAAUGAUAUUCUAGAGGCACUGUCGGCUAAGAUGAAGCACUCCAGACAGAUGGCUGAGACCUUCAAGCAGACAGGCCUGGCUCAAUCAAUGUAUGAAUAAAACACGAGGACGACCUGGUGAAUGCACAAUGCCACCUAGUGGUGGAUUAUUUGUGUGUACAGUAUAUGUUUACAAUGAAUCAUGAGUCGGAUGCUGAAAUGGACCACUAAUGGUUACAUACUGAAUGGAGCGAGUGUGAGCAGUCACAAGAUGGAUAAUGGAUGUAAACAUGAGAGACCAUAAGUCUUUGUGACAUACAAUGAGCGGAUCUAUGGAUGGAGCGAGAAUAGUCAAGGACACAUUUGGUACAAUUUGCAGGUUGCAAAGCUUGUGAAUACAGCAAACUGUGGCGGAAAGAGAGAUAAUAUGAUCUUUUACUGUUGCAAUGACACAUUUCACUCUUUAUGAGAAUGUAGUGGAAAGAAAUCUAGCCCUAAGAGAUUAGGAGUAGUUGGACUAAAUGAAAAUUCAGUGAUCCUUGUCAUUUUCAUCACUGUAAUCUUCUCCUUUUAUUAGAGAAAAUAUUGUCUUGAUUUCCAAAAUCUAGCCAAUUGUGCAUUCUGGACAUCAAUGGUGCUAGAGGAAAUGAAACUGUGCCGUAGCAUCAUCAGCCAGAACUGAAUAAUGUGUAAUACGGUUAUUGUCCAUGAAUGAACAGAGGAACACACAUCAGGUGAAGUCCAAAGUGUUAUUAUGAAGCCUUUUGUCUUCAUGGUUGUUCGAUACAGUGGUGAUAAUUGUGGUGAUGAUGUUCUAAAGUAUUUGCUAGAGUGGCCUUUGUUUGUGUGGAGACUUUUUAGUGUAUUUCAAAAGGGUACUGCAACCAUACUAUGGGCCAACGGUCAUAUCACAAUUUCAUUUUUACUGGUGUCACAUUUUCACUCUCCUUUUUAUAUUGUGAUCCAAAAGUAUCAUCACAAAAACUAUGACUACUAAAAGUAUAUUAUUUCAGAUUAAUGACAGUAUGCUGAUAAUAUUGUCCUAAUUCUUUUGAAGUGCCAAUAAAGAUGCUGAUUUGGCAAGAGUGAUAUGGAUAGUCUUUACAUGAAACCCUUAAUUUAAUAAAUAGUAAAAGCAACCUAAAUGUAGUUGCUUGUCAGUGCUCUUACAAAUUGUGUUAAUGUAAAUAUAUAAUAGUAUACUACAAUGACAGCCUCAAACACAGACUUAUCUGUUCUGUCAGUAUCUAAAUACUCUGGAAGUAUCAACAUUUCUUACA